AUGCUCGACCUCAGGGAAUUAGAAACGCACCUAUGGACAGAUUCUAUGGUAACCCUGGCAUGGAUCAAAGGACACCCCUCAAGAUGGAAAGACUACGUCCAAAACCGAGUCAUCAAAAUCCAGGACUCACUCCCAGAUGCAAGCUGGAGACAUAUCAGCGGCAAGGAGAAUCCAGCCGACUGUGCCUCAAGAGGAAUUGCUCCUCAAGGACUAGCAGUACAUCCCCUAUGGUGGACCCGACCUGAAUGGAUUAAUCAGGAUCCCCAGGAAUGGCCUUCCUCAAUAGACGAAGUUCCAGCAGUAGCAGCAACCGAAGCAAGACCAUCACUAUCCUAUCCAGUGGCCAUGAAGAUCUAUGCCUUAGCCGAACUACUCAACAGGUACUCCAGAAUGGAAAAGGUACUCCAAGUAACAGCGACACUGAACAGAGCAAUCGAGCGAUUUAGAAGACAGCCAGUUCCCCAGAGGCCCGUCCUCACCAUCAGGGAACUCACCGAGGCCAGGACAUUCUGGGUAAAAAUAACUCAAGCUCAAUAUUUUGCUUCUGUUCAUAGGUUGCUCGUGAGAAACGCUCAAGUACCACGGAGUCAUCCUCUGGCAAAGUUAACGCCCACUCUAGACGAACUCGGAAUUAUCCGACUAGGAGGCCGUCUAAAAAACUCACAGCUGGAUCCCGAAGAGAUUCACCCGGCAAUCCUGCCUCGACAGUCUCGACUAACGACGUUAGUCCUCGAAGAAGCUCACCGAAAAACUCUACACGGUGGGACACAACUCACCCUAGCUUUCACGCUACAGAAGUACUGGAUCAUCGGUGGCAGAGGCACUGUUAGAGCCCAUAUCCAGAAAUGUGCCAUCUGCAUCAGACACCGAGGACGCCAGGCUCAACAGCGAAUGGCACCACUGCCGGCUGUUAGAACUUCACCAACACGAGCAUUCCUCCACACGGGAGUGGACUAUGCAGGUCCACUUCCCAUUCUAAAAUGGCGGCCUACAAACGCCCAACCAUCUAUGGUGCAUAUUGCAGUUUUUGUCUGUUUCAGCACAUCAGCUGUUCAUCUCGAGCUCGUGUCCAGGCAGACGACAAAUGCCUUCAUAGGGGCAUAUAAGAGAUUCACCGGAAGAAGAGGAAUCCCCGAAGUGAUGUACAGCGAUAACCCCACUACAUUUGUUGGCGCAGCAUCAAUACUCAAGACGCUGUACAAUCAACCCUCUAGAGAGAACCUCGAGAUUCAAGCUGCCCUCACCACACAGAGGACUCAAUGGAGCUUCUCACCACCGAGAGUACCCCACUUUGGUGGCAAAUGGGAGGCAGCUGUGAAAUCCACCAAGUUCCACCUCAAGAGAGUCCUCGGAUCAUCAACAUUCACCUACGAGGAACUCAACAGCAUCCUCAUCCAAAUCGAGGCCUGCCUGAAUUCGAGGCCAAUCACUCCAAUGACGGAUGACGCAGAAGACCUCCAAGCACUCACCCCAGGACAUUUCCUGAUCGGUGAGCCACUCCAGAUCAUACCAGAACCAACCAUCCUCAACAGAGAGCCCAGAAAACUACAAAGAUGGAAUCUGGUUACUCAAAAAAUCCAGCAGUUCUGGUCCAGAUGGGCUAGAGAGUGUCUCCAACGAUAUCAAGCCAUCUAUAAGUGGAACCAGAGAGAGAGGAACAUCGAGGUUGGAGACAUGGUCCUGAUGAUCGACGAAGAUUAUCCUCCAGAAAAAUGGCCCCUCGCAAGAGUAAUAGAAAUUCACCCAGGAGCAGACGGCCUAACCAGAGUGGCAACCAUCAGGUGUUCAAAAGCAUCAGUUCCAACCCAACAAAAUGGAACUCCCAUCUUAGAGAGGAUCACCAGCACCAGCUCAAUCUUCAAAAGACCCAUCGCCAAGCUCUGCCUCCUACCGACAGAUCCACCUCCAGCAGAACAACCUCCAGAGGAGGAGCCAGAGCAAGAAGAGGAUUAG